CACGAGCGGUGUGUCAAAGUGUCAAAGCGUGAAAAGAAGAUUUUUUGGAGGCGUAGUGAAAUCGUUUCCUGGUCAAAUCUAUUGGAAUCCAGGCAUGGAAUCUGUUGAGUUACACAGCAGAGAAUAGUGACUGUUGUUUACAAGUGAAAUAGACGUGAAAAACUGUGAUCAUGGGCAGGAAGAAGAAGAAGGCAUCGAAGCCCUGGUGCUGGUACUGCAACCGGGAGUUUGAUGAUGACAAGAUCUUGGUGCAGCAUCAGAAGGCGAAGCACUUCAAGUGCCACAUCUGCCAUAAGAAACUGUACACUGGCCCCGGACUCUCCAUUCACUGCAUGCAGGUUCACAAAGAGACAAUUGACAAGGUGCCCAACUCGCUGCCAAAUCGAUCAAACAUCGAGAUCGAGAUCUACGGAAUGGAGGGCAUCCCGGCUGAAGACAUCCGGGAGCACGAGAAGGCAAAGAAUGGCAACAAGAGUGACUCAGAUGACGACGAGCCGGCCAACAAGAAGGUGAAGGCGGACGCGGCAAUGGCACAGGCGAUGCCCGUGAUGCCAAACAUGAUGCCACCGCACCUGCUUGGGCAGUAUGGCCAGGUGGGGCCGAUGCUGGGCCACAUGGGCCCCAUUCCCACGGCCGCGUACAUGAACCAUGGCGCCGGGCUGCCAAUGAUGAAUCCCCACAUGCUGGGUGCACCAGCUAGACCGCUAUUCCCCUCGGCAUCGCAUCCUGGCAACACGCUAACACCGUCAAUGCCUGCCAAGCCAACUUUCCCGGCUUACAGCAAUGCCACCAUCAGUGCGCCGCCGACGACAAACACGACGGGCAAUGUGAGUGCACAGGCGAACUCCGACAGCUACAAACAACCCAAUAUGAUCCCCACGUCGGGCACCACGUCAAAGAUUGUGCAUCCGCCGGAGGAUUUGAGUCUAGAGGAGUUGCGAGCGAGGAGGCCCAAGUACGAGCGGAAGGCGGUAGCGUUGUCGGCUGGCGGCAUGGGAAAGAUGCCGCCGGCCCACAUCAACCUGCCCACAACAUCCGUGACUCUGCAAAUGAGCAGUUACGCUCCAGCCACGACAAGUGCUCCGGCAAUUGUGUCAUUUCCCGAGCAUGCCGCCGCCGUGGCUGCCCACGCAGCUGCCACGCAGCAAAAACAAUUGGAAGACUUGAAUAGGGCGGUGAUGAUGCAGCGGUUCCAGGCGGCACGGCAGCAAGGUCCACCCCUCGGGAUGGUGCCUGUGGUUUCUAGUCCGAUGCCCCUGGUGCCGCCCAUGAUGAGACCAGGAAUGAAUUUCCCGCCUCAAACGGCCGCUCUAUUGGGAAGCAAUAUGAUGAGAUCUCCAUCACCCGCUCUUGGACUGCCAACUGCAGGAGGACUUCACUCUUUCUCAACAGCAGCAGGCUUAAUUGCGCCAAUUCCCGGUAUUGUUCCACCGGGAAUGGGUGUCAUGAUUCCGGGGCCGCCGAUGCUUCCGAUGAUGCCACCGAGAUUUCGGUGAUCUCCCCAGGCUGGGCCGCUGCGCUUGGCUCCCGUAAUCCAUCUUCCCGUGCCUGUGGUGUAUCCUUAAAUACCUCUGAUCAAAAGUGAGACACAUUAAGACAAAAAAGACAAGAGAAAGCAUCACGUGGAGAUGAGAAGACGAAGAAAGUGUUUUGAAGAUCAAAGGGGAGACACGGCAAAAGCAAGCAAAAAUCUGAGGAAGAGUGCAUUGAAAGUGGAUGGAAAAGUGGGAAGUCAACAACAGAUGAUGAGAAAAACCAAUUGCAAUGAGAAACCUUUAAAAGUAGGAGAGCGCGUUUUGAGUAAUGAAAAAAAUGCAAGAAAAAUCAUGAAAAACUCUCACACACACAUGAAAUGAAAAAAGAAAUUUAAAAAUCUGUUUGGAGCAAGGUAAGCUCUCAAUUAUUUCAAAUUAUAUUAUCGUAUAUUAUAUAAUAUUACAAGAGAUAGAUCUUUAGGUAAUGUCCCCUCAUCUUUAGAAUGCGAAUGCAGAAGAAAAGAAAUGAAUAUUCUAUAUUAGUGACUUAAAGCAUUAAAUUAUUUGACAUGAAAAGGGAAAAGAAGUCUAAAGGAUUUCCCUUUUUCUCCCCCUUUUUCAAGCAUAAAUUACAAUUUACAUUUGAGUAAAAAUAUUGUGGAAAAAAUCCGAUUUAAGAAACAAAAAGAUAAAAUGAAUGCAAAUUAACCAUUAUAUAUACCUUAUAUAUGAUAGAAAUUUUUAGAGAGUUUUGUGGAGAAAAGGAAAAUAAUAUUUUUUAAUGUAUGUCCAAUUGUCUGGAUGAUGAUGACACGAUGAUAACACACAGAAAUAUUGUACAAAACUCCGCUGAUGAUAAAUUUUUCAUCGCUUUUUCGAUUGACGGAGGUCAGUAAAUUCAAUCAAUUCUUAUUCUAUAACUUAAUAUCUAUAUAUUUUACUUUAAUGGCACCCAAAAAAAAACACACAUAUAGAACAAAGAUUGGAGAAUAUUUCAAAAGAAAUUUUUAUCAUGUAAGCCAAAGAUGGUUUAUUUUUUUUAUUUUUCGUUUUCGCUUUUGAAGAUUAGUUGUUGAUUAUUGUUUGAAAUUUCUUUUGUGUUUUGAAAUAUUCUCUGUAAGUCUUUUCAUCGGUAGAAAACUAACCGUUCGUUAAGUAUAUGGGCUUUUUUCUUGGAGGUAAAAAACACACUCACACAAGUCACAAAACAUUAGGGUUCCAUAAUUACCCUAGCAUUUUGUGCUUUUCCAUCAACACUUCAUUACAAUCCUCUUCUCUGGCUUUUUGAAAAAUAUUUUUCAUGUGAAUUAGAUUAAACAAAAGAUAAUUAGAGCAUAAAAUUAAUAUUUUCCCAAUUUAUUCGUCACUUUUGGAUGUCGUGAAAUGUUAGAAAAAAUAAUGAUGGGAAUUUAAAGAAUGUUUUUUUCUACUUUAUUACAAUUUCUUUUAUUGAGAGAUGCAAUUUUAACCUUCUUCGGCUAAUAAAUUUAUAAAAAGUAAUUGUAAACUGUUGAAAAUCCACGAUUUUUUUUCCGUGUUUGGUCAAAAUGAUGUUAAAAGGAAAUAUUCUGAACAUGUGAAAAAGGAAAAUGGUCAUCAAUUCUUAGAUAUGGUAAUAAGAUAGUUCAACAUAUAUUUUACUGUGCUGCAAAAUAAUUUGUGUGAUUUUCUGAAAGGCGAAGAGGAUUAAAUCUUCAUUGCUAUUUACAUACAUUUAUUUUCCAAUCUCUUGUUAUUAAAUUUUUGUUUGUCUUUACAACCUAAAUGCGUGGUGACGAUUUUAGAAGAAAAUGAAAGUAAAGCAGAAGAGAAAAUGGACAAAAGCAAGUGUGGGAGGAAACACAGACACACACUAAAAGAAAAUAGUUAAAUAGAGAGUAAAGCAUUACCUUAUUACUAUCUUAUAUAGACAGUCUUGACAAAAUGAACCUUUUUUAACAAAUUCAAUUGCUAAUCUUUCAAACAGCAAUCGUGAGUAUGAAAAUGAUAUCGAAUUGAGUGAGAGAGAGAGAGAGAUGAUGAUGAUGAUGAUGAAAACCAGGUGAACUUACAAAUUCAUUAUUUAAUUAUCUAUAUACAUAUAUAUAUAUAUUGAAAGUAUGUAAUUUGUGUCAUUGUUUUUUUUCCUUUUGUUCUUUGGACUCUUUAAAAAAUGCAAGAUGAAUCCUGAAUUGAUGUUGGAAUUUCUUCCUUUUCUCUUAUCUCAGUGUUUAUCACUGGUAUGGAGUUUUUCUUUUUACAAAUUCUAGGCAAUAUAUGAGAAAAGGUGUUGUUCUUUGUAUACAAAAUGAGAUACUGUGGAAAAAGACAGAAGUUCCCUUGCGAUUGAAAUGCUUUGAAUUUUGAUGGUCAGAAUGAGUUUAAUUCUUUGAAGAAGAGAAUGCGCAGCAACAACAAACUAUCUUUGGCAUUCUUUCCCCUCUCUCGCUCCCCUUUCUCUUCGCACACACUUUCAUUUCUUAUCAUAUAAAUAGAUAUUGAAUGUCUGGCUGUUGAAUUUCCUUCCUUCUCACACGUGGAUUCUGGGAUCCUCCGCUUUCCACUCCCGGCUCCGGGUCUUUUCCCUCAACUUCUCACCUCCUUUCAUCACUGCGUGUUCUCUGUUAUGGGCUUUACCACGAUGCGAAGGGGAAAAGGGAGAGAGAGAGAGAGAGAGUGGGAAUCUUAAGGAUUAACAGCACUGAAACAUAAUUGAAAGCAUUUUAUUCGCAGGCGACAAAAUACACAAUGAAUUAUUUAGUCUGUUUCCCAGAGGCGCAAAACCGCAAAGUCAAAAACUGAAGGAGAAAAAAAAAGUUCAAAAGGGAGGCCAGAAAGUCCCUCCCACGCUUGUUGAUUCGUAAAAUGCGAUAAUCCUCGGAUAAGCAGACUUAAAGAGUAAGGAUUAAGUAAUUCAUGUUGGAAGUUUGUCACAUCAAUUCGCCAAAAAAAACAUAUUCUUUUUAAUUGAUAUUGAGUGUGAGAAAAAUGAUUGCAAGCACUUUUCCGCAAAGAGAAGCAAUCUCGUUUUCUGGACGCAACAUCGAUAACUAUACAUAAACUUUAUUUUCCCUCUGGAAUUUUCACGCCCACGAGGCGUGCGGGAGGUUAUUGUGGUUUGUAUUUUUCUUGCACACAAUAUUGUCGUGUAUACUUUUGGAGCAGAGAAGACUUGUGUAACUUUUUUCUUUGUACAUUGAGAAGGACAUGAUGGUAGAAAGAUGAUGGACUUUGAAGCUGAAGUAGAUGGAAAUAAAUGUGAAAUUUGCAAAAGAUAUUAA